CAUUUGUCAAACGUGAAUCAGUUAUGAAUUUGCGUGAUUCAUUCCGUAGUUUAAUAAUUGUUAUUUUAAAAGAAUUGUUUAAUUUGUGACCUUAUACGUAAUAUAUGAAAUAAAGUCUAUAAGACACUAAGCAACUACAAUGAUGAUAAGCUCAAUAACAAUAAAGGAUGCCUGAUGUGUGUGUUUCACGUAGCUGUUCAGUGUUUGUACUUUGUAGUCGGCUGGAAGUGUUGAAGCUCCAAAAUGCCAUUCGAUUUUCUAUGCUGUGUAAGACCUGGUGUGGAAGACAUAGUGGAGUUAGAUUAUUCUCACCAUUCACUAACGGAUGUGCCAACGGAAGUGUUCGUGUAUGAGAGAACUCUUGAAACCCUGCUAUGCCAGAGUAAUCGCAUAACAGAGCUGCCGAGGCAGCUUUUCAUGUGUCAUGGCUUGAAAUACUUAGAUCUUAGUGACAACGAGCUUCAGGCGAUCCCCACAGCUAUAUCAUCAUUGGUAAAUCUGCAGCAUUUGAACAUCAGUAGAAACACCCUAGCAUCCAUACCAGAUAACAUGAAAGCACUAAAGAAUUUAAUGUUCUUAGACCUUAGCGUGAAUCCAUUAGAAAAAUUACCUGAAACAAUCACUAACCUCAUCGCUCUACAAGAUUUAUAUCUCAAUGACACAUACCUUGAGUAUCUACCUGGAAAUUUUGGCCGUUUAGCUAAUUUACAUAUUCUUGAAUUAAGAGAUAACUAUUUGAUGAUUCUACCUAAAUCUCUGUCACGCUCCACUGAGCUCUUGAGGUUAGAUAUAGGACAAAAUGAAUUUCAACAAUUUCCUGAAGUCAUUGGAAGAUUUUUGAAGCUUAAAGAAUUGUGGAUUGACAGUAACAGUUUUACAUGUAUUCCUGCAAUAAUAAAGCCUCUAGAAAACCUUAUUCAUUUAGAAGCUAGUAAUAAUUUGAUUGAAGAGCUAGCUCCAGAAAUUGGUUAUUGUACUCGAUUAGAAGACCUCACCUUGUCAAUAAAUAGUUUGACACAGCUCCCCGAAAGCAUUGGACAGCUGAGCAAUUUGACAGCUCUCAAGUUGGAUAAUAACAGGCUGUAUUCCAUACCAGAUAGUAUAGGACAGUUAAAAAACCUGGAAGAGUUAAUGCUGAUGUGUAACUACAUAGAUAAGAUACCAUCUUCGAUUGGUCUUUUGAGAAAGCUAAAAUAUCUUAAUGUUGAUGAAAAUUUGUUGAGAGUGGUCCCACCAGAAAUUGGUAGUUGUUCAAAACUAUCUGUCCUAUCACUCCGCGCAAACAAGCUGACAAAAGUUCCACCAGAAAUUGGGCAUUUGACUUCUUUGAGAGUUUUAAACCUAGUAAGAAAUUCAUUGAGUUGUCUACCCCAGUCCUUAUUAAAUUGUGAUAAUUUAGUUGCCCUCUGGCUGUCUGAAAAUCAAAGCAAACCUUUAGUGCCUAUGCAUUCUGAAGUAGAUCCUAAUACUUAUGAGCAAGUCCUUACUUGUUUUCUCUUUCCCCAAGUGCCUUUGACUCCCAUUGAGAUUAAAUCAGAUAAUGUGAAGCCAGAGAAUACAGAAGCACCGAGUGCACCUCGUCAUAUUAGUUUUGUUGAUAUGAAACCUGCCAUAAAGACUAUAGAAAAACCAGGGCAAUUACGCAGAGCACCUACUCCAUAUCCAAAAGAAUUGAGAGCUAUGGCAAAACACGCAAGAAACAUCCACAAAGAGGGUACACAGGAUGUAUCUCCCCCUAUGCAAAAUGCAGUUCACAUAAAAGCAGCAAAAAUAACUCCUACUCUGCAACAAAGAUUUGCAUCAGACAACAAAGUUGAUAGUGGCAAUACUUGCAAUGAUAACUCUGAGGGGAUCCAGCAAGAUUCUAUGACAACAUCAGUUUAUGAUAAUCUACCUAUAGAAAAUGCGUAUGACAAACCUUUAGAUCUUAACUAUGAACAAGACAAAUCCUACAAGAGUGUAGAUCAUGCUCUUUAUGUUGACAAUAACGCUGAUACUGAAGUGUAUAAAAGUGAAAAUGUGGACUCAUGUGGAUUAGCACCAUCACAUUAUAUUGUUAAGCAGAAUGAGAGAUAUUCACCGAGACAAGAUACCAGAUGUAACAACUCCGUGUCAUCCAAUAAUUAUAGAGGGCACGCAAUAGAGAAGAAUUAUCCUGCCGCAAAUGAUCACAGUUACCAUAAUUGCACUGAGGAUGGUUACCAGAUACAGAGAUUAAGUGCUAGUUCUCAAGAAAGACAUCCUACUGAAGAAACUAUACUAUCACCUCAAUUUAAUGAAAAUCCUUAUUCUGUAAGGUGCAGAGUUGACAACUUACCUCCUUUUGAGCCUGCUUAUCCUAGGAAAGAAAUGGUAUGCCAUUCAGAUGCAAAAUAUCAUGGUGAUGCAUAUGGUACUGAAAGUUAUCCUUGUAGUACAGAAAAAAUAUAUGCACAAAGGAAAUAUGAUGUUUUUAACUAUCACCCUCAUGCUGCCCGAGAUAUGCCAAGUCCAAGAGUGAGCACAGUAAGCCAAAUAGUUAGUUCCACCACUAUGCCAAAUUUAUGUAAUUAUAAUAAUAUGUAUGCUCCUGCUAAUAUGGAUGCUCAUCAUUACACACCUGCAAUGCAUCAAACAUCAUCCCCUAAUUGUAACCUUUACGAUAUGUCCACUACAAGCCCAACUUAUGUUCCUUCACAAUCACCUGAACUAUACUCACCCACUGGCCACACUAAUGCAACAAACCCUUAUCGCAUGACAAACACACCUCUGGUAUCAGAUGAUGGCAGCUUUACUCAUAUACCUUCUAUUCCUAGUCAAAAUAUGUAUGAUAUAUAUGAUGCUAUACCAGCCUCAUCCAAUGCGCCAAGUGUAGUAAGUCAUCGGCAUAGUCCCAGUGGUCUGUCAGAGACAAUGUAUAGGAGGGGGCAGCCUCCUCCUUAUCAUAUUGCAGCUCCAUAUACAAAACAUGCUCAAUAUUUUAAUGGUACUGGAGGGUAAUGGUCGUUUGGACAAUAGAUGAGUUUUUUAAACAGUUUAAUAUUAUUAACUUUUUUUAUGAACAUAAAUUGUCCUGUUGGCAACUGUUUUCUGGAUGUGCAAUUUAAAUGUGAUAUCAUAAUGUUGAACUUUAAGAUAGUUUUUAAGGUGCUAAAAUGGAUCACUGGAACGUUUUCCAAGGAGCUAUUGAAAGAAGUUUCAGCAA